AUGGUAUACUCAUCUGGAUCAUCCUCUGAGAACCGAACUGUUCUCGCUACUAGGAAUCGUGACAAGAACCUGUGCGCUUGUCGUCAUCCAAAGAUAAGUGUAGAAAGGAUGUCGAUGUCAGAUAAGAAUCCAGAUCUUGAGAAAUGUAAAUACUUCAGGUGGAUCGAUGAUGAGCUGACACCACACUACAAGAAUGCCUUUAACAAUCUGAAGUAUGAGUUGCAACUAAUGAAAGACAACAGUUACGCUGCAAGACUAGAGAGAAGGGUAGCUUUGCUGGAGAACCUGAAUGUUGAAGCCACUGCUACUAAAGAAAUUGUUGAUGGUGAGUUAUCCAUGGCUGUUGAAGAAAACAAACAAUUAAGGGGUGAGUUGAAGUUCGUGAGGAUGAAGUUCAGGAUUGGUAUGAUGUUUUGUGUGCUUCUUGCUACUGUGUUGCUGAUGCAGAAAGCAAAGGUGGUGGGAUAA